UCAUCUAAUCAUUAUGAACGAGUGUUAUUGAAUGGAGAGAAACAAGAUAGGAAAUGGCUUGUAUAUUCUGUUUCUAAGGACAAAGUGUUUUGCUUUUGUUGUAAGUUAUUCAAGCAAGAUCAUAACACUUCCCGAAUGACAACGGAUGGAUUUAAUGAUUGGAAACAUCUUAGUGAACGACUUAAAGCUCAUGAAACUAGUAGUGAACACCUAGUUUGCAUGACCAAAUGGAUAGAAUUGCAAGUGAGGUUGAGAAAACUUGAAACAAUUGAUAAGAGUGUACAAGAACAAAUAGAUAGGGAGAAAGAGCAUUGGAAACAAGUGUUAAAAAGAAUAAUAGCCCUUGUAAAAACUCUUGCAAGAAACAAUUUAGCAUUUCGUGGUCAUAGGGAGAAGCUUUAUGAAGGGAGAAAUGGAGACUUUUUAGGUUUUAUUGAGAUGAUUGCAGAGUUUGAUCCAAUCAUACAAGAACAUAUUUAACGAGUUAAAAAUAAAUCAAUUCAUUAUCAUUAUCUUAGUCCAAAAAUACAAAAUGAGUUGAUACUACUCUUAGCCAAUGAAAUUAAAAGUGCAAUUAUAGGAAGAGUAAAAAAGGCAAAAUAUUUUUCUGUUAUACUUGAUUGUACUCCUGAUAUAAGUCAUGAAGAACAAAUGUCUCUUAUAUUGCGAUGUGUGGAUGUUUCCGUCAAACCAAUAAAAGUGGAGGAAUUUUUUAUACAAUUUUUAAAGGUAGAUGAUACAUCGGGGCUAGGACUUUUUAAUGUGCUCAAAGAUAUUUUAAAUACCCUUGAUCUUGAUGUUGGUGACAUAAGAGGGCAAGGGUGGAAUGUUUUGAUGUCUUAUGUUGGAAAUCUAACACUUAAGCCAUUUUCUCAAACACGUUGGGAAAGUCGUGUUGAGAGUGUUAAAGCAAUACGAUAUCAAACUCCACAAGUUAGAAAUGCUUUAAUUGACUUAGUUAAUACUGGUGAAGAUCCAAAGACAAAGAAAAUAGCUAGUGCAAUGGAUAUUGAACCUGUUUUUAAAACAAAACGACUAAUUCGAAGAAAAAGACAAUUUGAUGAAAUUAACAAUGAAGAUUUAAUACAUUCAGUUGAGGAGUCAUUUAGAGUUGAUUACUUUCUAUACAUAGUGGAUAAAUCUAUUUCUUCUUUUAGAAGUAGGUUUGAACAACUUCAAUUAUAUGGAGAGACUUUUGGAUUUUUGUUUGAUUUGAAGAAGUUACAUUCUAUUGAUAAUGAAAGUUUGAUAUCGUAUUGCACUAAACUUGAGAAUUUUUUGAAGUGUGAUAAUCUUUAUGAUAUUGAUGCAAGAGAUUUAGCUUUAGAAUUAAAAGUUUUGUGUAACAUCUUGCCUGAAGAAGUAAAAAAACCUAUUGAAAUAUUAAAUCAUUUGCAAAUGCUUGAUGGUGGUUUUCCAAAUACAUGGAUUGCAUAUAGAAUAUUGUUAACUAUUCCGGUAACGGUAGCCUCCGCAGAGAGAAGCUUUUCAAAGUUGAAAUUGAUAAAAUCAUAUCUUCGAUCCACCAUGUCGCAAGAAAGGUUAAAUGGGUUAGCUAUGUUGUCUAUUGAGAGUGAUUUGGCGGAAAAGGUUGAUUAUACUAAUGUAAUUAGUGAUUUUGCAUCUCAAAAUGCUAGACGAGUUAUAUUUAAGUAAUAUUUAUUUUUUUGGAGUUAGACUUUAACUAUAUGAUAAUCGCCACAAAAAAAUUUUAGAGGGCCCCUUGUUUA